CCCAAUUCCCUCUUCUUCGUUCUUCGCAUAUCAGGCUUAAAUUUGCAAGCAUCUUCAUCCCUGAUUCUUCUCCAAAAAUGCACGAAUUUUUCACUUGAUUUCAUCGCGGAAGGAAAGAAAUUCAUCACGGACUCCGUCAUCGAAGGAAGUUCUCCAAAUUCGCUUGAUUUCAAACUAGGUAAGUUUCCAAAUUUGACAAAAUCUAGAUCCAAAUUUGAGAUGCUUCGUCUCUUCUUCAUGGAAAGAAAGUCUGUAAAACACCAAAAUUGAGAUUCAUAUCUCUUCCGCUGAUCCUCAAGAAGGAAAAUUUUCAGAGUAGUUCCAUCAAAAUAAAAAACUGCUCAAGUGGUUGCAGUAGAAAUUGAUCCAAGUGAUCCAUCCAUUGGAUUCAUAUUAGAUGGAAUGGAAUGGAGGGCCUUUGUUGUCUAGUGCGGAAAAUAAUUAGGAAAGACUUUUCCAAAAAAAGGAAAAAGAAGAAUUGGCUCUCAAACUCCUCCGAGAAGCCGUCGCCGUCGCCGCUAUUUCCAUUGGCACAAGAAGCUAUCCGAUUUAGAGGGCCAAUUUUUUCUUUGGACCGGAUCUCUAAAAUCUCUAAUCAGGGUCCCAUCUCUGAUCUUGUGCGUUCAUCCUCCAGGAUUCUUCUCCAUUUCCGAAUCCUCCUGCAUUGAGCGUCAUCACAAUCUAACUAGGUUUAGUUUGAUUUAACUCUUGAUUGGCCUGAUACUUUCCAUAAUCAUCAAGAUUUGUGGACGAGAUUGCACGGAACAACUAUAGGAGUGUAUCUCUAUCUCAAAAUUGGGGAUAAGGUUGUUCCGUUUGCUCGUGAGGAAAUUUUGGUGGGGGAUGCAACUGAAUGUGAUUUUGAAGAAGUAAGAUCAAGGGCAUUUCAUGGCACAAUUUGCUCAGCUACCUUGAUUUAUAUAGCCAUGCCAUUUGCUGCUCUUUGCCGAGUGCAUUUUGGAUUCACUAGCAAAGACCAGGGCCGAGUUGUUAAUGUUGCUGGAAAAAUUGUUGCGCGAUAUAAGGGAACUUAUGGCAACUAUAAUUCAGAAGCGUGUGUUCUUUUUGAGAAGCAGAAUGACUUUGAACCAGUGCAAAUGAAGAAUAACCUUGAGUCUGUCGAGAACAUGGCUGGGGUUGCCAGCAUAUUCGUCACUUGAAAUUGAUCUGGACUUCAACACAAACAGAUAGCUUGUUAGAAGUUGUUCGGACAAAGACGAGGUUUCAUGAUCAAUGUCAAGAAAGUAUACCGAAACCAUCAAGAUUAGCAGAGUUCUACUCAAUCUUUAUUGGUUGUAAAAAUUUGACGGCAUUGAAUAUUAUGGGGACGGUGGAAUUCUCUUCUGAUGGUAAUACUCAGUACCUCUUCAAGAGCACUGGUGAUGAUGACCCCACAGAAGUAGAAGAUGCACAGAAAGUUUUGCCGUUGCUCGAUGUGUGUGGCAGUUUUCACGAAAAGUAGAAGAUCAUCUAUCAUGCACAGAAAAGUUUAAGAUUGGGCGUUGCUGCUUUAAAACAGAAACAAAUGAUUAUGAACUCAGCAUCAGGUUGACUUGGAGUGAUGGCACGAUGGGUGGAGAGGUCUAGACAAAGACAAGGAUUGCAUGAAGGGUGGAGUGAUUCGGACGCAGAGAAGCCUCAAGCGAAAACAACAUGAUCAGCACAGUGGGGGGAGUGAUUUAGAUGAAGAUGAGGAGUAUUUUGGGAGUGCUUUUGGGUCAAUCCCUACACCUAUGGACAUGUCGCCGUAAGCGUUUUAUUAACCAUUUGCAGCUUGCUAUGAUUAAUUGAUCGAAAGAAGUAAAAAAAAAACAAUGUCUUGUUUGAUUAAUAUGACAUUUACAUUAUGUAUUUAUGGCGCUCUUUGAGUGUUGUCCUCUUUUAUCCAAACAUUUGUUGUUUCCACUAGUAUUAACUACUCCAUGCUGUUCAUUUUUGUUACUU